GCCUGGCUAGGUGGCGCACAACAGCUCUAAAGGAUGCUGUUGCGGCCUUAAACUGAAGUGAUAAAAUUUAUUUCAGUUGCAAGCGUAGCUUAGAAUGGAUAAUAAGACAAAGGCGAGCGAAGGUAGCGUAAAUGAGAGAGAACACUACUACAUACUCGUAGUACUAACGACAAACUUUCAUAAUAACAAAAACACUCGCUGAUGCAUAAAAUCGAAUACGAGCAGUAAAAGCUCAUUUGUUGUGUAACAUCAAUUCCGAGAGUCGACCUAGUAUCGGACAACAGAAAUAUACGAAUAAAAUUAGGUUGUAAACUGCACAUGAGCAAGGUGUUUGCAUUCGCUGCUGCCGCAAGAGGAGGCAUUUUGGGCGAUCUCAAAGCAUGUAGUAAUUUGGAAGGUGAUGUCAUUCUUGCCAAAUGGUCAAAUGUAAGGGACUCAUUUAUAAGAUCUUCGAGGAAAAACCGUUAUCAAGGACUAAAGCGAAGCUAUAUAUACAGCGAGCAUCUCCAGUUUUUAUUGAAAUCGAAACAAGAUGACAAAGAUGAUGUUGGGAGCAGUUUCAGUCAGGAUGAAACUGAAUAUGAUAGGUGUGAUUUGGAAGGAUUAUGUGAUCCACUGUCGCCACCGCAGUCUGCUUCAAACUUACAUCAAUGGAAAAGACAGUUGGACGAUGAUAUAGAGCAAGAAGUAGGAAGGAAAUUGAAAAGAGGAAAGCGAUGUGUUGAGCAAUACUCAAAUAAGUCUCAACCCGACAUGAGUUGAUACUAUUGUCUUUUC